CAUCGACAACUGCAGUAACAUCAAUCACAACACCACUCCCUUCAACAAGUGCAGCAACAGAAAUUUCAACUGCAAAUACACAAACAUCCACAGCAGCAGAAACCUCGACAUCAGCUUCUGUCUCAACGACUGCAACAGCACAAACUCCAGUGAGCUCAACUGAAACAACAAGAACUGAAGCAACAACAGCCACCACUCCACUCCCAUCAACAAGUGCAGCAGAUACAUCAUCUUCAAGUACACAGACGUCCACGGCAGCACUGACCUCUACGUCUGCUCCUCCCUCAAUAAGUGGAACAGCAUCAACAUCCACCAUAGGCUAUACAGAAGGGUCAACAGCUGAGGAAUCGACAAUCACUAUGUCACUCCCAACAAGAGUCCCAGCAGCAGCAGUAUCACCAACAAAUAAACAGACAUCCACCGCAGCACUGACCUCUACAUCAGCUCCUGCCUCGACAAGUGGAACAGCAUCAAUAUCCACCGCAGGCUCAACUGAAGGGACAACAACUGAAGAAUUGACAAUCACUACGUCACUCCCAACAAGUGUCCCAGCAGCAGCAGUAUCACCAACAAAUAAACAGACAUCCACCGCAGCACUGACCUCUACAUCAGCUCCUGCCUCGACAAGUGGAACAGCAUCAAUAUCCACCGCAGGCUCAACUGAAGGGACAACAACUGAAGAAUUGACAAUCACUACGUCACUCCCAACAAGUGUCCCAGCAGCAGCAGUAUCACCAACAAAUAAACAGACAUCCAGCGAAGCACUGACCUCCACAUCAGUUCCUGCCUCGACAAGGGGAACAGCAUCAACAUCCACCGCAGGCUCUACUGAAGGGACAACAACUGAAGAAUUGACAAUCACUACGUCACUCCCAACAAUAAGUGGUGAGAAAACGAAAGCACUCUUUGCAACCAUUCCAUUAUGA